AUGAGGCUCCGUCGCGCCUUGUUCUUGAGUACUGUGUUUGCCAUCGGCUGCUGCACAUAUUCAACGCUGGCGCUGCCAAACAUCUUUCGUCGACAGGCGUCAGACGGCCCCUUGGACGCUUCAGCAAGAUCCGAAGUGGAGUUGCUCAAUCUCGACCCUGUUGAGCAAGUGGCCAUCUUUGGCGACGCAAAUAGAGCGAGGGAGCUGUACAGGACGGCGACGAAGGAGAAGAUCGCUUUGAUUCGCUAUUGGCAUCAGAAAGUUCAGGAGGUUGUCACGAGUAGCGACGCCGAGCGGCUCGACCGACAAGACUGGUUCAAGCAAAUGAUUCGUCUAAAGGAGCAGUGGAAGGGCGACUUGCAGGAGCAACGCCUGGCUUUUCAAGCCCUGGUCACCGAACAUACAGAGAAAGCGAACAGCGUCGUCGACUCCUUGCAGAAUCUCGAGGUGGGUGCAACUUCUGUCAUCAUGACGUCGUCAAGGCACGGUCAGUGCAGGGUCAGAGCUUUCGGCAUGACUGCCGAGAGAAACGUCAUUCACGCCGAUCUCACCCCAUCUAUGCAGGUGGCAUCACAGCUGAAGCACGUCGUUGAUGAGCACGGCGUACAGAUCGAACGCUCCGUACAGCAGCAUUUUAGCAAGGCAACCGAUCUCAUGGAAGCGAAUCUGGCCGCACCGCUUCAGUCUUUGCACCAGGCUGCAUUGAUGCUCGAGUCUCACACGCUGGCUCUUGGCCUCGCACUCCAGCAGCAGGAUGGCCUUGUCUCGGACCUGACGUUGCUCUCGUCCGAAAUGCUGUCCCUUCAGAGAGAGAACCACGCCCAGCUCGAGAGUGAACUUGAUGCUCUUCGACGGAUCCACACGGGAUUCGAAGCUAUCAAUAGAGGGCUGCAUGCCUCUCAGGCAAGUCUGGACGUACUGCUGAGCACCCAGAGAUCAUCAGCAUCUUCUAUACUCAACAGCGUUGGGUUUGCGCUCGAGGGCAUGGUCCUCUGGUCACUGCGACAGCUGGAAAGCAGUACAGGUCUCGGCUUUGGUAACAGUGAGUCCCAGCUGUACAUUUCUGUUGUAACCGAAACACUCAAGCUCAAAGCCUCGAUCAUGGUCUCGACCGCGAUCUUCAAGGCACUGGCCGCCACCAUCGUCCUCUUGGCGAUGUUGCUGAAAAGCAUCUUCCAGCCUUUAUCUCUCUACAUCAUACGACCGCUUCGUCGAUCCGGUAAUGGAGUCUGCAUGCGCUCGCAUUCCAUCCCGUUGCGGCAUUCCGCACGAAACACGCCUCGGCUUGGCGAGCAGCGACUCGUUGAAUAUGCGACGCUCGAGAAUCCACUGUCCUUCCGCUCAUUAGCUGGUCAAGUUGAGAAUCAGCGGACAAUGCUUCUGAGGGCAGCCAGCGGUGAAUCUGAAUAUGUUGUGAUGCUUGACGAGCGUCGAAGUGACCUAGAAGUACAAGUGGUGCCGGUGACAGCGGUAUGA